AUGGCUUUCCCUGGUCCUCAUCACCCUCCGCAAGUCCCUAAACCUCCUAAGCUUCCGGUUCCUCUUACCACCGACUAUUUCGACCAACGUUUACGACCUAUCUUUAUCCUCUGCAUUGCUACGCUUUCGUUGACCUUGACCGUCUCUGUUGGAUAUGUACGAUCCCGCAAUCAGUACCGCAAAACGUCGACGACGCGGGGUCCAUGGCCAACCCCCUCGGGCGAUGGAGCGCCAUCUCGUUCGGGCGACGAAGCGGAUAUCGAGAGCUAUCCGUACACUAUCAACGGCGCAGGCAGUCCUCCUGCAAGCACUCUGAAUGCGGGCAACAAUCCAUACAGUACGGAACAAUGGCAAUGGAUCUCGACCAGCCGCACCCCGGAAAUGGAAACACCAGCCACAGGUGACUAA